GUUUUUAAAUCGUAAUAGCUAAACAUGAUGCAUAGGUUAGUAAACGUCACAUUUUAAGUAGUUGGAAGAUGUAACAUAAUGAAAUAUGUUAUUGGUGUUAAUAGUUCACACAACUGGUGUACUGACAGUUACAGCGCAAAUGAAUCUUGCACCAAAUGGCACAGCAACCCAAAGUUCUAACAAUGACGCAAUUAAAGGUAAACCGGAAAAUGCUGUAAAUCCUCCAAUAUCAAAUGAAUACAGUCUGGAUAAGUGUUCACAUACAAAAGAAGCACAAAGUGGUAUUAACGAAGCUUGGUGGAUGUUCGAAUUUUCUUUUGGUACAGCAUACAUAACAGAAGUAACAAUAUAUUACAGAGAAAACUCUGCUAAGCGAAUGGAUGGAUUUCGGUUAUAUGUGACCAACACACCUAAUAUCCCACCCGACGGUCAUCUGUGUUAUGAAGACGGUUAUGGUUUUCCAACCACCACUCAGACAAUUCCUUGCAAUAACCUUGGACAAUACGUCAUUUAUUUCGAUAAUAAAGGAUCUGACGAAGGAAAUUUCGUCCCCGGACCUAUUAUUGAGUUGUGUUACGUUGCUAUUUACGGUUGUCCAAAGAGCUUUUGGGGGAGUAACUGUAACAUCUCUUGUGCAGUAAAUUGUAGGGAACAACAUUGCUUCCCUGGAAAUGGUUCCUGCGUUUUCGGAGGAUGCAGCAAUACAAAUUGUUUGAAUAACAACUGCGAUGAAGAUACUGAAGUUUGUAUCGAAGGUUGUAAAGGAGAUCGAACAGGACCCUAUUGUAACAAAAAUCCUGAAUGUUUCCUUGACUCCAAGACUUCAGUUAUGACGUGUUUGCCAAAGAUUUAUCAGGUGUAUCCAUCGAGGGGACCUGUAAAUGGUGGAACAUUGUUGACAAUAACUGGAAAAUAUAUAGGAAAUGUUACUGAUAGUAUUUCUGUCGAUGUCAGUGGAGUAAGAUGUCACAACGUCACAGUUGUAACACCUGAAACUAGUUUGAAUUGUGUUAUUGGAAGAGGCACCAUAAACCAGACAAAAGGAAUAUUCAUUUCAGUAAAUGGAAACAACUUUAGCGAUCCACUGAUCACUUACUACAGCUUUAAGGAGCUUAUGAUCCAAGAAUUUUCACCAAAGAAAGGAAUCGUCGCGGGAGACACAACUGUAACAAUAAUAGGAAUCAAUAUAGGAUUCGAAGGACAAAAUCGAUACAAUAUUUCAUUUUGUGACAUUGAGACUUGUAUACAAUGCAGUGCUUUACAGCAUACCGUCAAUACAACGUUCAUCAAGUGCAAAACAGGCCAAUCAGGAGAACCCCGAAAUAUGACCCAAUUACAGAUUGUGAUUGAUGAUUUGACAUUUUUAACACUUAACGAAACAUUUCAAUAUUUACCUGAUCCAAAAUUCCAAAUUUCAAAUGAAACAGCGAGAGCUUUCGAGAGUGGAGGCGUAACAUUUACAAUUCGUGGCGAAGGGUUCAAUAAUGUAGGCGAGAUAACUGUUGAACGAAUGGAUGAGCCAUGUAGCGUACCAGAAGAUACAGCAGCUGUCUGUGAAACACCGUCCAAAAUACAGAUUCAACAAAAUAAUCAAACUGUUCGUGUUUAUUUUGAUGGGAUUAUACUUAAAGUAAUCAUAGAAUAUGUGGCCGAUCCUACGUUCGAAAGAUUUUCAAAUGUACUGGAAUAUGAUAAGGAGUCGCCUAUCCAAAUCAAGGGUCGAAAUAUUUUGAAUUUAGCACGACGUGAAGACUACAGUGUACAUAUUGGUUUGGAUGGAAAAUGUGUCAUCACUGAUAUCGAUAUGUUAUUUAUUACAUGUUUGCCACCAAAAUCAGUACCUCGGACUAAUAAAACAGAUGUAGAUAUUGUUCAUGUUAUCGUGGAAGUUGUAAAGAUCAUGGCUUACAUCGGUGAUUUGCAGUAUACAGAAGAUGACAAUAACUUUUCCCUUAUUGUUGGACUUUUAAUUGGUGGAUUGGUUACAUCUGUUAUUAUUGGUUUUUCUGCUAUAUCAGUUUUAAGGCGAAAUAAGAAAAGAGCUGUUAAAAAAUGCAAAAUGGAAAUGAGCGAAGGUUUGUCUGAAAGGCGAGCGAACUUAAGAAAUGACGAUGAACUUGAACAUAUUGAGGAAGAUGAGAUGCCAUAUUGUGAAAUAAAUCCAGAUGAUGAAUUGCAAAGCAAUACAAGUACAAAAAAUCAUCAAGAUGUAAAUGAUGGAUACGAAGAUCUCGCCCGUCGAUCGCAAAAAGACCCUUAUAAUCGGCUACAUCAAGAAAGUGCUGACAACGGAGGAGGAGACAUGACAAAUGUUGAUACUUGUACAGAGGAUUUAUCGGCUAGUGGUUACAUGAAAUCAUAGGAUGAAUCAAACACAGUUUCUUGUCUUGUCAGUUAUUGUCAGCAUAGUAUUUCCCAUUGCCACUAUUGUCACCACUGUCAGCAUUGUCUGCAAUGUCUGCAUUGUUUGCAUUGUCACAAUUGUCAGCAUUAUGACAUUGUCAUCUUUUUCACCAUUGUCACCAUUUGUUAGAUCAUUGUAGAUAUUGAUUUGUUAAUUUUUGUGUUGCUUCUUGGUUGAUGAAUGAGUUAUAUACGUCAGCAAGUAGUUUGCCAAGCUUUAAACAUUGUCAAAAUCAAAUGUGCGAUUUACAAAAAAAGUACUGAAAAAAAAGGAAUUGCAUUUAAUUUUGUUUUCUUUUGGUAUGUCUUCUCUUUUAUGUAUAGUGACAUAUUUAUGCUUAUUUUUGUAGUUUUUCUCAUUUUUUAGAACACAUGAGAAAAACGUACAAUAAAUAUCUUAUGGGGUUUGAGUUAUCUCGCCUUUGAAAUAAAUUACAUGCAUUUAAUUAUACAUUGAAAACAUUGAUUAGUUUGUCAAUUCAACAAAAAAUAAAAAUAAAAUGUAAA